AUGGAAGCAAGGGAAAAGAGAAUAAUUGAGAAUGCAAGAGACAUAAUAGCUUAUCGUAUUGAGCUUCAGUUGGAUGAGAUUGAGACGAUAAUGCGCUCUUUUGAACAAAAUAUCGAGUCUCCACAAAAGAAGCGAAUAGUUAGUACUCGGUUGUGUAUGCCCAGUCAACCUGUCGAUAGAGAGAGGCUAGAACAGGCAGUUAAAGAACAAACACAUGCACUGCUUUCUAUUUGUGCAGCACGCAAGCUUUGGUUUAAAUAUGUAGCAAUUAAUGAAAGUUCAAGUUCAAAACGCGAAAAAGAGAGUAUACCUCUUUUAUGCUCCACACUUAUGUUUAAGAAUAAAGUUAAUCUCGCGGCUACUUCAAAAGCAGAGGAUCAAGCUAUGAAAGCGUUGGAUGGGGUUGUCAACUUUCAUCUCAAAUGUGGAGCUUUAUAUAAAGCAUACGAAGAUGAUUCAAGAUCUCCAGAAACUAUAUCACAAGCUUAUCAAAAAUCCCAAAGCUCAAUUGAAAUAGUCUUUGCCAUCAAAUUCCUUCAUUCUCUGGAAGAGAUUGGAAGUGCAUGUAAUCUUAUAUAUCAGUACGUCAAGUUCAUGAAUAAUUGUAAUCCAAUUAUCCCAAAUCGCUUUCAGAUUGAGCUAUUAUCCUUUAACUUUACGGACAAGAUCUAUUCACUAGGAAUCUAUACGAAAUUUAAUUGGGCUCGGCUUGUUCCUGUAUCUCAUGGUGCAAAUUAUAAUGACUCAAAGCUUUACGUCAAAAUGGAUCGGGUCAAUCACAUGUAUUCUGUGCACAAGGAUUCAGAUCUUGGAAAUAUCUACAAAUACUUUUGA